AUGGGUGGUUCUAGAUUAGGUCAUGGAGAAGAAGGUGAACAAUCUCUUAUUAUUACUACUUCGGGUGAAGGUACUCCUGGUGGAGCUGCUCCUCAUCAAGCUGCUUCUGAAACUUCUGUUACUUGUAGAUCUCCUGGUGACUGGACCCAAGGCCGCACUCCUGCUGCUCUAUCCAUCUCAGGCUCUUCUCCAGGCCCUAAACCUGGUAAUGACUCGGGCUCUAAUCCUGGUAUAGCUAUAGGAGUACCUAUGGGCAUUCUUGUCGUUAUAAAGGAGAUCAAAGACGAUAAAAACCAAGAGAUUAGCGUAAUCACAAGAUCUGGUAUAGAUAAGGCACGGGUUACCGUAGAGAUUCAUAUGUAA